AUGGGAACUAAUAAGGAAGAGGAAUUCGUGGAGGAAUGGGUUCAAGACUCACAAAAUGGCUCACAAGUGCCUCUCGAUCAUUUGGUAUCCCUCUACGGAUACGCUUUGCUAGGACUAGAGGAUGGUGAGAAUCAGGAGACAGUAAGAUUUCGGAAGAUUGAGGAGCCUGAGCAGCACUAUUCGGAAAAUUUGGUUGAGGAGGAGAAAGUGGAAAUAGUGGAGGAGGAGGAAUAUGAGGAGCCGAAGAGGAGAAUGAAGGUGAGUUUUUGUUAA